AUGCUGCAGUAUCUGGACAAAAACAGCAUCAAUUUCGCAUCUGUGUAUGGUCUCAAGGAAGGAACGGGGCUAGUGGGACAGGACUACUCAUGGCUCGGCUCCAUCUUCUACUUCGGAUACCUGAUCGCCCAGUGGCCCGCAGGACUAGCAUUGCAGAAGCUUCCGAUUGGCAAGUUUCUGGGAACUACCAGUAUAGUAUGGGGGGCUCUGCUCAUGACCACGCCGGCCUGCCACAAUUUCGCUGGGAUUGCAGCCAACCGCUUCAUCUUAGGUUUGGUUGAGGCCGUGGUUAACCCUGGCUUUGUAUUGUUGAUGAGCAUGUGGUAUACGUCCACCGAGCAGCCUCUACGAUUAGAAGCGUACUAUUGCACAAAUGGCGUUGCCACCAUGUUUGGAGGAUUGAUUGGUUAUGCCGUUGGCCAUAUCACCACCGGUCUUGCUCGGUGGAUGUACGUCUUUCUCAUAUUCGGAGCCAUCUCCAUUGUAGUUGGGGUUCUGGCUCUCGUGCUCCUCCCGGACUUGCCUUCGACGGCCAAGUUCCUCAGCGAGCGCGAGAGAGCCAUCGCGGUCGAACGAGUCGCGGUUAAUAAUCAAGGCGUGAAGAACCAUCAUUUCAAGUGGGAGCAGGUGUGGCAGGCAGCGCGGGAUCCCAAGACAUGGCUCUUAUUUGUCAUGGCUAUUGGAGCCCAGGUGCCCAAUUCAGCGUUGACGAGUUUCACAUCCAUCAUUGUCGAGUCUUUCGGCUUCGAUACACUCGGAACACAGUACCUCCAGAUCCCCGGCGGUGCCGUCCAAUUCCUCACUCUCCUGAUCGGCGGUUUCAUCGCGACCAAGUAUAGCGGGAGAUUCCACUCGCGGAGUGCUUGCAUGAUCGUCGCCAACACUACUUGUAUCAUUGGGUCUGGACUACUAGUUGGACUCCCCAGUACGAACAAAUGGGGCCGUCUAGUCGCACUAUGGCUAUGCUAUUUUCAAGGACUGGGAUUCAGCAUGAGUCUUACUAUCAUCAGCUCCAAUAUCGCCGGAUACACCAAGAAACAAGUGACGGGUGCGCUGCUGUUUACAGGGUACUGCAUUGGCAACAUUAUAGGCCCGCAGACAUUUAUUUCGAGCGAGGCUCCUGGCUAUCACAGUGCCUAUAUUGCAAUGCUGGUCGGGUACUCGGUCAAACUGGCUGCGAUUCUUGCUUUGUACAUUUAUAUGUACCGGGAGAAUAAGCGACGGGACCAAAAUGCACGCAAUGGUGAAAUCGUGGAAGAUGGAAUUGAGAAUGGAAUGCUGGAUCAAACGGAGCUCGACAACCGGGCAUUUCGAUAUGUGCUAUAG